AUUUUCAGUUCUUGUAUGAAUUCUUACGGCGGCCGACUCUACAUAGAUAUUCCUACUUGUUCCUCUUCGGAGUGUAGAAAAAAGCUGCUGAAAUGGAAAUGUACACCAGAAGUUGCGCGGUCAAUUUUCAAGUUAGCCAAAGGUAGCAAAGAAACUUUUGAAAGACGAAUUAGGAGACAUUAUUCAUUGAGUGACGGAGAGGAUUUCGCACUCAGGCUGUAUCUUUCACAAACCCCUAUGGAAAAUAUUGACUAUAAAUGGGAAUCUCGGAUGUUAUACUUGUUUAUGAAGUAUCUCGAACUGGAGCGCUUAAUGUGGAAUUUAUCCACGCUAGGAGGUGCCUGCUCUGCUAUGGCUGAUUAUGACAUGACAUUUGCAAAGCGAGCAGAUAUGAUCUCGCAAAAACAAAUGAGGAUAGCUGCAGAACUAGAAGACCGCACUUUACUCGCCCGAUGCCACCUCUACAUAGCACUUAGUACUGCUCAACAAGCCGAUUUUUCUUCAGCAAAACGAAUAGUCAGGAUCAUAUAUGUGUGGUCAGUUCACACUCAAAAUGAAUUCAUCGAAGCCUGCUGCCGCGGUGUACGAGCAAAAAUCAAGUCCAUACAAUUAUUUGGGACGAAAGCCCUACGAAAUGACAGCCGGCGUAUUAUUGAAAUAGAGAACUAAUGGGUAUUUCUACUUAUUUAUCAUUCAUGUAAACAGGUAGAUAAAUUAUUCUUGUACAA